CUUACCUAUUAUUUUUCUUUUAAACUUAACUUUCCUUACUUACUUUUCUAAGGCUUGACCACUGCUCUGUGCGUUGUAUUUGCAGAUAUAUGGUUGCUUUCUUUAACUUAAGUUGUAGAGCCUUUGAACCAAAAACUCCAUUAUUUCUCUCUCUAACAAGUCUUUGAGUACUUUAAUCAAACACUUUAAGAACACCAUGUUUUCCAGCAAGGAAAUGCCAUCUCCAUCCUCACUUUUCUCCGCUUAUGCUUCCAUGGCGGCCUCCGUGAUGUUGUUCCGGUCCAUGGCAAACGAAAUCGUGCCAAGACCAGUUCGCGGCUACCUUCUCUCCACGCUCCGGUACUUUUUCAAAGCUCACACGCCGAUGCUCACUCUCGUCAUUGAAGAGUCCCCCGGAAUCUCCCGUAACCAGGUCUUUGACGCUGCUGGUGUCUACCUCUGCACCAAGAUCAGCCCCAAUACUAACAGACUCAAAAUCUGUAAAAGCCCCAAAGAGAAGAACUUGACCAUUCAGCUAGAUAAGGAUGAGAAGCUAGUUGACAUGUAUGACGGAGUCGAGCUUCACUGGAGAUUCGUUUGCUCCGAGCCUGAAAAGAACAGUCCAGGUGACAUGCCUCGCCCCCGCUCCGAGAAGCGGUUCUACGAACUGAGCUUCCGCAAGAAUCACCAGCAGAAGGUUUUGACUUCUUAUAUCCCUUUCAUACUCGAGAGAGCUAAAGCCCUUAGCGACCAAGAAAGGGUUUUAAAAAUGCACACUUUGAACCACUCUUACGACAGCAAAUGGAGUUCCAUUAAUCUCGAGCACCCUGCAACUUUCGAGACUCUGGCUAUGGACCCUUCUCAGAAAAAUGCUGUUAUUGAAGAUCUCAAUAGGUUCGUGAAGAGAAAAGAGUUCUACAAGAAAGUUGGGAGAGCAUGGAAACGAGGGUACUUGUUGUAUGGACCGCCGGGGACUGGUAAAUCGAGCUUGGUGGCCGCCAUGGCUAACCACCUUAAGUUCGAUAUAUAUGAUUUGCAACUGGCUAAUAUAAUGAGAGACUCUGACCUGAGAAAGGUGCUUCUGGCCACGGCUAACAGGUCCAUACUUGUCAUUGAAGAUAUCGAUUGUAGUAUUGAUCUGCCUGAUCGUCAUUAUAAUAAAGAAACGAAAAAGAUAUCUGAUCACCAAAAUGAUAGUUCUCGUGCAGCUUUGACAUUAUCUGGGUUGCUGAACUUCAUAGAUGGAUUAUGGUCUAGUUGUGGAGAUGAGAGGAUCAUCAUUUUCACCACAAACCACAAGGAGAGGCUAGACCCAGCUCUCUUGCGACCUGGCCGCAUGGACAUGCAUGUUCAUAUGUCGUACUGUACUUACCAUGGAUUCAAGCUUUUGGCCUCAAAUUACUUGGAUAUCAAUGGCAGCCACGAGCUGUAUGGAGAGAUCGAAGGCUUACUCAAUGAAACAGAGGUGACUCCAGCCCAAGUUGCAGAGGAGCUGAUGAAGAGUGAGAAUGUUGAUGUGGCACUUGAAGGAUUUGUCAAGCUUCUUAAACGAAAGAAAAUGGAAGGUGAUCAGUGUGAUGAUGAGCAUAAUAGGGAUGAAGAUGGUGAUGAAGACAGUGUCGCUGCAGCUCGAGGUCCGAAGAGGCCAAAACUACAGAAAAAGAGAAAACCAACUAUGAGGAAUAUGAACUUGAGAAGGAGGUAAUUUGCAGGCAGUUAUAUAAACCAAUUUGAUCUACUGAUAAGAUUAUGUUAAUGGAAGAUUAGAAGUUGUAAUAGUUAAUAAUGGCUUGUGUGUAAUUUAAUAACUAUGAUUGGUCUAUGGCUAAUUUAUCUUAAUUUAAUUAUAAAAAUGAGGAAAUAGCAUUGCGUAUGGUAUUCUAACUA